UCGAAGCGGCAGCGGCGCCCCAGCGUCCGCCUCGGCGAGAUCGGCGACCAGCCCGCCGCCAUCUCCUCCGAACCCUCCUUCCGCCGCCACCCCAAGCUGUGGAACCCCGACGAACCCAUCAUCCCCCGCCACAAACCACCCCGCCCCCACCACCCCUCCAAACCCUCCUCCCGAACCCGCGCCCUCACCACCCUCGCACCCCCGGGGGACGACGACGAUCGCCUCGACCUCCCCUCACAACCGCCCCCUGAUGACCACGACGAGAACCUCGACCCCGAUGGCGAGAUCCGCCACGGCGCUCGCGGCCCCAAGCCCUGGAGAAGCGUCGGCGGCGGCGGAGCCCGGCGCGCCAGAUCGGGAUGGGCGGCUCCUCGUGCCGACGAAGCCGCCGCGAGCGCCGAGGAGGGCCCCGACGAGGAGCGCUAUGGCGUGGAGGGGGACGAUGACUCGCCGAUCGAUCGGAGGCUCUCGGCCGCUAGGGUUAGGGUUUUGGAGAGCAGGGACGCUGGCCCUGCUGCGGAAGGCGAUUCCCCAUACGAGAUGGACGGCAGGGAUUGGAUCGAUCGGAAUGGGUGGUGCCCAUCAGUGGAGGACGGUAGCGUCAACUCUUGGCUUGACGGAUUAGGGUUGGGGCGAUAUGCUCCGCUGUUUGAGAUCCAUGAAGUGGACGAGGAGGUGUUGCCCCUUCUAACCCUGGAGGAUCUCAAGGAUAUGGGGAUCAAUGCAGUUGGGGCGAGGAGAAAGAUGUACUCCGCCAUCCAGAAGCUCAGGAAGAAGAAACCCUAACUGGGUUUUGGGUGAAGCGAUCGGAGAGUUUUUGGGUGGAAGCAAAGUUUAUAUCUUGGAUGAUGUCAAAUCGUUAUGGUGUUUCAGAUUUUUACACACUUUGCUAAUUGAGCCUUUGAGUGGAUCUGUUCAGAUACAAAUUUUCAGCUAACACAAUUUGUGAGUUGUCUAUAAUACCUUGAAUCAUAACAGCAAUAUUAUUAUUCUCUUGUCUACACUACUUUUCAAAGCUUUGCGCAUUAUUACUAUGGUUAAGUUCUAAGAUCAUCAUUUUAUUGGGACCUUAUGUAGAUUUCUUGUCGCAUUUAUAGGUCGUUUUGUGUAAUCAUACUUCUCUCCUAGAUAGGGAAAGUGGUGGAGGCCCUUUUGUAUUUCUCGAAUAAAUGACGUCAUGCCGGCAUCACAAAAUAGCACUAACCCUCUUUUUUUUGUUUUUUCACGGCAUCGUUGGGGGCCACAUCAACGUACAAGCUCCGGGCAGCGGGCACUUCGAGAUAGCAACUAAUGGAAGCUGCCCGACCUGACCGGUUGGUCACUUUGUUAUUUAAAACCACUGUAGUCUGUACCAUGUUCAUACUAGAUAGCUUUCAUGAGGAUUAUUAUUAUUAUUAUUAUUAUUAUUA